AUGGCCAUCGACGCCUGGCGCCAUCUACACCCCGCAGAACACGCUCUUCCAUUCAAUUCCGAUUCCGACCGCAACUCCAAUCUCAAUAUCAUUUCACUAUUACACGCCACCAGCCCAUCAGUCAAGCAAGCUCAAAAAAUAUCACUCGCCGCCCGAAAUACAUGCGAACCGCAUACUCACUUUCAAGCCAUGUAUAAAUCUCCAGCCCUAUCACUAGUAAACAAGAAUUUCCAAGCAUGGCCACCAAAUCAACAUCAACGGUGA